ACCUUUUAUUAUUAUUAUUAUUAUUAUUAUCUUAUUUUCUACUGUAAAAUCAAGGAUAAAGCUAUCAAAGAUUUGAUUGGUGGAAACAGCUUGAGCCUCAGAUUACGAAGAAUCAAAAAAAUAAAAAUAAAAAAUCCAUUUAUUUCUUUAUUUGCCUUUUUUGUAGGACUUCGACCAUUCCACGUGGCAAAUUGCGACGCACUGAAAUUCUUCUUCAAUGGCUGUCGCUGCACCAUCUUCUUCAGCUGCUCAUCUUCCAAAAUUCCUUCCAUCUAACCCUCUGUACGGCCAUGGCUAUUCCCGCCAUCUUCCUUCCACAUCUAGGACCUCCACAAUCGUCGCCAUGGCACCCAAGAAAAAGGUGAACAAGUACGACGAUAACUGGAAGAAGGAGUGGUUCGGAGCGGGGAUAUUCUACGAAGGAUCGGAGGAAGUGGAAGUGGACGUGUUCAAGAAGCUGGAGAAGAGGAAGGUCCUGAGCAACGUCGAGAAGGCGGGUUUGCUAUCGAAGGCGGAGGAGCUAGGCUUCACUCUCUCUUCCAUUGAGAAGCUCGGCGUUUUUUCGAAAGCCGAGGAGUUCGGGCUUCUCAGCUUGCUCGAGAAGGCGGCGAGCUUCUCUCCCUCCGCUUUGGCCUCGGCUUCUCUUCCGAUCUUUGUGGCGGCCGUUGCGGCGAUCGUUUUGAUUCCGGACGAUUCGGUGGGGCUCGUGGCGGUUCAGAUCGUGUUGGCUGGUGCUCUUGUGGUUGGAGCCGCUGGCUUGUUUGUCGGCUCGGUUGUUUUGGAUGGCUUACAGGAAGCCGAUUGAUAGAUACUUUCACUAUUUUUUUUUUUUGUUUUCUGUUUUCUAAUUCGAAGUUUUUUUUUUUGUUUUUUCUGUUUUCAAAGUAGACUGUGAGUAGAAAUUUCGACCUUUUUUUAUUUUAUUUUAUUUUUUAAUAUAGCAAUGGAAACGCGGA